AUGGUUUAUGAGCAAAAAAAUAUUGCAGUCCAACAGGUCAUUGAUCAUGCUCUUUCUGUUAUAAGAGCUUAUAUUGAUAUGAAACAUUUGCCUAAGCGGAAAGCUCGAGAGUAUUAUGAUUGGAAGCCCCCACCAACGGGUUGGUUGAAACUAAAUGUGGAUAGUGCUGUUUUUAGUGAACUUCAUAAGGCAGAGGUGGGUGUGGUGCUCAGAGAUGAUGUUGGUAAGGUGAUAUUGGCAGCAAGCAAGGUAGAGUUUGAAGUGAAUACUGCUGAAGCCAUUGAAUCGCUGGCUAUUUUUCGUGCCUUACAGCUGUGUACUAGUAUGGGGAUCCAAAGAUUGAUUAUGGAAUCAGAUUGCUUGAUAGCUAUCCAAGUGCUCAACAAUGAACUUGUUUCUGAUGCAAUGUUAGUUCCAUUAUUGAGUGAAAUAAGAAAGUUGUUAAGAGUGUUUGUAGAGUGUAAAUUUCAACAUGUCUAUAGAGACGGUAAUCGGGUUGCUCAUUCUCUUGCGCGAUAUGCUUGGAACGUUGAGAAUAUCUCAAUGUGGAAUGAGUGUUGUCCAAACUUUAUUUCUUAG